GUGAAACCGAUCGUUUCGUGUUUUACGGACAGGGGAAACAGGUUUAUCUGAUUGCAGAAACAGUUAUCUCCUCCAGCUUCUGCUCCGUCUUUACACACUCCACAGCUGGCGUAGCUGACUGUCGAAGCCUCGAAGGGGAAAAAGCGGCGGGUCGGAGCUGAAAAAUGUGUCUUCCUAUUCACGUUCUUAAUGAGCACUUCCAUUGUACAUUGUGAGAGCUUUAUCCUCUUUAAUCGUGGUGCAUUUCAGAAGCAUCUUCCUUCUCACAAUACAUCGAGUUCUUUGGUUUCACUGACUUGUGGAAGAAGGCGGCUUUGUGGGUUUAUUCCAAAUGCCAAAAAAGGGUAUUCAAGGAAGCGAAAAUGGUGGCAGAAGUUCUUUUUUGAUGAAGAAGGAAAUUGGCUUGGUUUAAAGGAGGAUGAUAUGCUUGAGGAUUCUAAUGACUCAAGCGAAGAGGAACUUUCAGAGGGAGACAAGUUUGAAGCAUGGAAGAGGAGAGUUGAGGCAAUUACAGAGCUGAGGGAGGCACAGGAAGAAAUGACAAAUGCAGAGAGUCGAGAGUGGGAAGAUUGGCUUGUUGCCGGGACACAUGGAGUCGACAGUUCUUCAUGGAGUCAAGAUUGGGGUGAUGGAAUUGAGGAAUCAAGAACAGAUGAACGAUCUGAUCCAAAUAAUAAUCUGCCUGAGAAGAGUUUGGUUGAAUCUGUGACAGAUUUGGUCCUUGGAAAGGAGGAUGAUUUGCUUUAUGAAGACCGUGUUUUUCGAUAUGCCUCGACAAAUUCGGUAAGUCUAUUUAGAACUGAUUGACAUCUAUAUAGUAUG